AUGGUACCAGAGCCUAAGGGUCGAUUUUCUGCCUACAGACAAAGCUUGACCACCAUCUCAGUGCGGACAGGAGCCCCUCUCCCUUCUCUCAUUCUUUCAUUCGGAAUUCUACAUGAACUUACCGCCAUCGUACCACUCGUCGGAUUCUUCUACGGUGCACGGGCGCUCGGGAUAGGGGAACGCGUCGUCGCUGCCGUUAUCGAGGACCGACAGACCGGGCGUGCAACGAACUCAGAUGGGGUGAUAGGUUCUCUACUGGAUGAUGCAAGGCCGAGCUGGGCAAAGCAGAAGAUGAGGGCUUGGGUGGAAGAGGGCGAUCGGUGGGCUAUUCGGAUUGGGAGACGCUACGGGGUGUUCGGAUACGAGAAGCGGGAGCCUGGUGUCAAGGAUGACGUGGAGGAGAUGUCUAAGGUGUCGCUGUCGAGACAUCUUGCAGGGGAUGUGGCCAAUGCAGUCUUCGCGUAUGGUGCGACAAAGGCCUUACUCCCUUUGCGUCUAGGUGCCUCGAUCUACCUGUCACCUAUGUUUUCUAGAGGAAUUAUUGAACCUAUACGAAAAACCAUUCUGCAAACAUUCCGUCGCUCUUGA